GCCCUCAAUAUUUGUGCCUUGUAUGACAUAAUUUGUAGUGUAAUUUGUAAGUGAAUAAUGGAGCCUAGGGCUUCGAUUGACGAGUCGUCUGCGGAAAACAAGCCGGCCAUUUGUCCGUUGGCCGAUUGCCAGGCGGUGGUGAGGCACACCCACUUGCUGCGCCACAUGAUCAGCGAACAUUUGGACUCGCGGGCGCGAACUUUGCCCUUUCAACUGCGGCUACGCGAAGUGUCAACGGGUCAGCGCACCCUGCUGAUGCUCGCCUAUCGCCAGCUGAUCGUGGAUCACGAUCAGUGCUUGGCCGUGCUGAACUGGAGCUCCGAUUCCCGCAUCGACCUUAUGGAACCGCAGCUGGACCUGCCGCCCUGCCACCAGGGAUUGAGCUAUCACCUGCCCGUGCUGGUAAUGGUGUGCAGGACCACAUGGAAGGCGCUGUUGCAACAGGACGAUGAAAAGGCCGUGCAAGAAAGCAGGGACCUAGCCACGGAAUGGGGCACUGUUUAUCUGCUGUGGCUCGUCUCACCCUUUACGCGUCGUCCCAUUUAUGCGAAUAUAGGCGUGCUGAAUAGCCAGAUGCAGUGCGUCGCCCGGCGGAGUCGGCGACGGGUGCGCAACUUUGCCAGCCGGAUGCCCAUGAGCCAGUUUAUCAACGGGCUGGAUCCGUUCUUCGUCAGCCUCAACGAGGAUCAGCUCGACGAGCUGUGCGAUGGCGGUGGCAAUCGGGUCUCCGUCUUCUUGGAGAUCAUCAUCGAGGGCGAGAUGUCUUAGAAGUGUAACCCUAUUAAUGAGAUUCGUUUAAGCGAUUGUUUGUGAUGCAAACAUUAUAGAAACCAAACAAAAUCUCAAGUGACAA